UGAGGAUAGUGCAGACGCUGAUUUGUAUUGUCUGGUUCCGUAAAGAAGGCAUUGUUUGGUGAGCACACGUCGAGGGAUAUAGAUAUUGCCUGAGGAGUAUUAGUUAGUAUUCCGCAGACGCAAUGCUACAACUAGAGCCACAGAACCUACUCAUACAAGAGGCCUUUGCUGCCGCAUUAUCGCCUGGCUACGAGCCAGUCAGUCUAGACAGAAUUCUAACGGAUUUCGACUUCACGACCUACCAUGUUUCUACUCCACAAGAAAAGACUCGGAUUUUGUUGUCCAUCGGCAUCAAGUGCUGGCAGGACUUGGAGAAAUACGGCGCAAUGACCCUUCUAGAGAAGAAAUACGGUGGCUACAAGUUCAUCCAGAUUCUGUCUCAGGGUGCAUGUGAGCCAGGCUACGACGUCUCGUUGUACAUCGACACGGAACAAUGCGAGUUGGACGAAGAGGGGAAGGCGGAGCUGAUUAAUGAGUUGAGUUUGCUGAAGAGAAACUGCUUUGCUGCUCCGUUUUUGAAGGCGUUUGCCAGGUAUGAGGUGCUCGCCAAGGAGAACCCGGUUGACCCCAACAACCUCUACGGUGAGGACAGUGUUGCCACGUCCAACAGCAACGAGGAGGUUUUGAAACUCGACUACCGUGGUGAGGAAAGCAUCUACAUCAAGCCGUCGAGUGACAGAGUCACCGUCAUAUUCUCGACAGUCUUCAGCGACGAAACGGACAAGAUCUUCUCCAAGGUUUUCCUCCAGGAAUUCAGCGAUGCGAGAAAGAGAUCCAUCCAGAAGGCGCCGCAAGUCAUCAACUCACACAAAGAGGUUCCGUUGGAGAUCCAGCAUGUGGCUCCGCCCGCCGGAGACAAGACCUACAUCACGUUUGUCUUGUUUCCAAGACACUUGAGCACCGACGACGUUAAGUGGAACACUAUCACGCACAUCCAGCUCUUUAGAUCCUACUUCCACUACCACAUCAAGAUCGUCAAGUGCUACUUGCACCAGAGAAUGAGAUUCAGAGUGCAGAGCUUCACCAAGAUCUUGAACAGGGCUAGAAGAGAGGUGGACGAAGAGGAAAUGCGUGCCGAGAGAAAAACUGCCUCCGGAAGAAGAUUUGAAGUCAAAUAACGUUUUUAGUUUUUUACUUCCACCCAUCUACCCUCUUACCCAUCUACCCUCUUACCCAUAUAUCUAUCUAUCUAUCUAUUUAUCCAUCUAUCUAUUUCUUAAAGGUAAACGUACAGAACCCCCGCUU